AUGCAGUUUCGGAGGUCCGCCGCCGAUCCAAGGAAUCGGCGCGGACCUCCGAACGUUUCUAUUGAUGCCAUCCUUUGCUCCCCGAACUCCCACCUUGGCGGUGUCAUCGAGGUGCCACCAGGCUACACGCGCCUCUCGGCCUGGUGGUCGCAGUCCGAGGACAGCCCGGAGCCGCAGGCCUCUCGGGCGGUGCUGUUCCUGGCGGUGCUGCCGCCGGGCGGCACUCACGGCGACCUGGAGGCCUCGGCGGCGCGGGCUGCCGCGGCCAGCGCCGAGGAGGUCGGCCCUCUGCGCCGGCGGCACGAGGAGCUCAGCGCGGAGUUUCGGAACUGGUCAUCCCGGCCCCUGCACGCUGUCACCGCAAUCGGGUCGGCGAAUUCGGGCCUCGUAGACCCUGCCGUGCUAGAUGCUGUCGCUGAUGGUAGUCCUCGGUCGCUCUGGAGCGUUCUCAGCGCAACAGGCACAACUCUACCAGGUGGUGAGCACUCGAUGGCGACAUGUGGGGCGAGACGCCGCGCCCAGUCUGAGUUGUUCCGCCUACCGCUUUUGGCACCUCUGGCUGGUGAGCGUAUCCUGGAGGAGCUCGACGUUGCGCUUCGCUCCCCUCUGGCUCGGGGCUUGAGCUUGCCGAACAAUAACGAGGGGCCGCAUGCGCAGUCGGUUCGCGAACGGCGCGUUGCUGGCGUCGUGCUCGACGAGAUUGGCCUUGGCGGGAUAGCGUCUUCCCUGGCGAGAGACGUGCUGCAGCCCUUUGCGCGGCUUCUGCACCCUGAAUGGGACGCCGAUGCUUUUGACAGCUACCACGCCUUCACAAUCAGCGAGUACGCCUCGGCGAAGCCUGCGCACAUGAAGCCCUGGAAGACUGCAGCCAACGAGGACGACCUCGACUGGGUCAAGAGAGCGCCCAAGCACAAUGACAUCUGUGAGAUAUCCAUGAACGUCUGCCUGGGGAGGAACUUCACCGGCGGCGGGGUCUACUUCCUCGACGCGCUGGGUCCCUCGAAGCCGUGGGAGCCGCAGCUGGUUGAGCACAUAGCUGGCAUGGCGUUCAUCAACCGAUGCCAGCACCACCACGGUACGUUCCCGAUAUCCGAAGGCGAGCGGCACACCUUGGUGAUCCGCCUGCUCAGCUCCGAGUUCAGGCGGGCUCCCGCGGAAGGCUUCGCGUCGAGGUGCAUGGGCCCGCCUUUUACGGCACGCUGA